AUGUUUCUGCAAAAGCCCCAAUCGCAAGACCUGCAGGCUGAGGUAGCCCAGCUCGAGUCGCGGCUGCAAGAUGUUCGGGCUCAACUAGCCGGCUCACUCUACCCGAGCCCUCCAUCCUCGCAUACUAAUUCCAAGACGUCCUGGACGUCCGAUGACGCCUAUAAUAAUAAGAAUAAUAAUCCCAUUAAAUUCCAAGCGGAUGCGGUCCGCUCUUCCUCACUGCACGCGCUGCUGCUCCUCUCCGACUCCGCCCUACCACUGGGCUCAUUUGCAUACUCCAGCGGGCUGGAGUCUUACCUUGCGCAUAAUAAACCAGUUCGCUCAACACCAAUCGCUUCAUUUAAUCGCUUCCUCCGACUCUCCAUCGCUUCCAUCGCAAGCACCUCGCUACCUUACGUUCUGGCAGGCUACCGAGAGCCCGAGAUGCUAGAAACGCUCGAUAAUGACCUAGAUGCAUCGACACCAUGUGUCCUUCGCCAGCCCGGAGCAAACGGCCGAGCCCGCGGCGACGCCAUCGAUGACUUCUCCGAGGCAUUGAAGUCUUGCUUUGACGAUGCAGACGAGUUGGGCCCCCGUGGUCACUUUGCGCCACUCUGGGGAGUGGUGUGUCGGGCUAUGGGCUUGGAUUUGCAGCAGACGGCGUAUAUCUUUGUUCUGAACCACGCCAAGGCUAUUCUCAGCGCCGCCGUGCGAGCGUCGGUGAUGGGGCCCUACCAGGCCCAGAAUGUGUUGGCCAGCCAGAACUUACAGGAUACGAUCAUGGCGCGCAUCAAGCGCGAAUGGAAUACCGAGGUCGAACAGGCCGGGCAGGUCGUGCCGGCACUGGACCUGUGGGUCGGUAGACACGAGCUGCUUUAUAGUAGAAUCUUCAAUUCAUGA